CAUUUUAUUUAUUUAUACAAUAUAUAUAUUUUCUUUUCAUUAUAAAUAUGCCCGCUAUUACUUAUAGUGAGGACAUAGGAAUGGAGGAUGGUAUUAUAAUAUUUCUUGUAUUUUUCCUCCCAUAUAUUUCAUAUAUUAUUAUUCCUAUAAUUAUUAGUACGAAUAUUUUAAAGUAAAAGGAAUACGACAGUAAAUAGUUAAUUGCAAAACUUUCAGUGUUUUUGUUUAUAUUAUUUUGUACCUCCUCUAAUAGAUUAUCCACCCCUUUCAUUGGUGUGUAUGAAUUUAAUUUAAUUUUAUUUAAAUCUAUUACCUGCAAAUUUUUCUUAUCAACAAACCGCGUAAUAUUCUCAGGCAAGGGGAUUUCUGGCAUAAAAUCUUCAUAACGACUAGAAGUAAAACUUUUAAUAGGCAUUAGCACAGAAUUCGCCGUAAUGGCUUUACAAUCAUCCCUUAAGCUUAUCAUUCCUGUUCCCACUAAUAAUGUAUUUAAACCAACCUCUCGUUCAUCACAAUUGACAAUAAUGUUUUCAGUGUUGGUUGCAUAUAACCAAGUAUUUUUAUAUUUAAGUUUCAGAAAUAUACUUUCGUGUAAUUUACCAUAAACAAACUGACAAGUUGUAGGAACUAUUGUGGGUUUGAAAAACAAUUGAAUUUCACAUAUGGACCUUUCGUGUCUAUUGUAUACAGCUCGCUCCCCAGAACAUAACUUAUACGAAUUAGUUUGUUUACACAGAUUGAUUUCUAGGUCAUCAAAUAAAAUAUAAUGUUCGAAUGUACUACUGACCGCAAUAAAUUUCAUGGUCGGACUAAUGAACUGUACGGUGUCUGUGUUAUUUACAAUUACAGGAAACGGAAGUAAAUGAUAUAGAAUAAAAACGCCCUUCACACAACCGAACAAAAUGUUUAUCUGUUAUUCUUUCAUCUUCUACCCACACACCAAUAAAUUACAAAACACAAUCAACACUUUCUAUCACUGACUGCAGAUACACACACAACUCACACAAUCACGCCAUGCACACACAUCCGUUCCUUCCCAACAUGUACAACCCCGUAGUUUUACAAAAUCCUUUUACAAUGUCAGCAAAAUAGCAACAAAAGAAUCUAAAUAAAUGUAAGGCCGAUGGUCAUGUACGUGUCUGGAAGGGGACUUGGAAGGACACCAAAGGACUCCAUGGGCUCGUCUGACACGGCCUGUUCCGAUCCAACCGAUUUACGAUCACGUCGCGAUCAUCGUCCGGCUCUCUUUCGCCUUUUAAACCAAUUUUGUAUUUUUUUUAGUUUUGUUUGUUUUUCCUUUACUAUUAUUGUAUCAUGUGUUUUUAAUAAUAAAAUAAUCAAAGAUAUUUUUUUAUACAAAUUGGUUAUUAUAAUUCAUACUUUCUUUAUUGUUCCACGAGUAAAUUAUUGUAUCAAUGAGGAUUAUAUGAUUAAGGUAAGAACAUCCUAAUUUAUUGUGCAUGUAUUUAAGAUAGCAAGUGACCCUCGAACAACACACCUCGAGAAAAGGGAUAGUUCUUAUUUUGCGAUACUCCUAUAACAUUCCCUUCCAUCAUAUCAUAUCCCUUUCAUAUUUUUUUGUUUUACAACAAAGUGGCGCCCAACUAUAAGCUUAGUUUUUUUUAAAACUAAGGGUCUUCUUUACUAUUUCACAAUUCCAUAAAAUAUCUAACAAUAGUAACACAUUACACUUUUACAAAAUACAGGCAAGUGAGAACAAAAUUUUUAGUGCAUAGAGACGUAUGAAAGCAGAAUAGAUCGAAACAGCAUAUAAAAAAUAAAGGAGAAAGAGAAAGAAAAAUUAGAGAAAAUAAAACAAAGAAUUAAUAAAGCGAAUAAAAAAAUAAUAAUAAGGUAAAAAAUAAAUUAUUAAAGAGUUUAUAUAUAAAAAAAAGGUAAGAAUGAAAAAAGUGACAAGAUAAUAAAGAAUUAAUAAAAAUUUUUUUUUUGAAUAGUAAAAACUAAUAAGAGAAAGAGUAAAAAAAAUAAAAAACUAAUUAGAGUAUAAAAAAAAAGAAAGAAGAGAAAGAGAUAAGUUACAAAAAAUUAAAAAAAAAUUGCAUUUCACAAAAAAAUAGAGACUUAGAAGAAUAAAAACACCUAGAGAAUUUAUUGCAUAAAAAAAAAAAAAAGAUAAUUUUAAAUUAGUUGAAAGAAAAUAAAAAGAUAUAUAUACAAAAAAAAGAGAGAAUUUAACAAACAUAUAAAAAAAAAGAGAAAGGUUCCCAAAUAUAAAAAAAAUAAAUAUACAGAAAUAAUUUUCAGUGUAAUUAACAUAUUGCACACUGAAAUUAUUUUUAAUUCAAUUAUUAUAAAAAUUUUUGUAAUUAUAAAAGGAAUAUAAUUUCAUAAAUAAUGGAAAAUAACUCUAAUAUUGAAGAAACAGGCACAUCUGAGUUAAAAGGUGAAACUGAAGAACAAAUAAAAGCUCUAGAGUAUAUAAAAAAACUUAGGAGAGCUGAGUUAAUUAUUUUUUUUUAAAGUAUUUAAAAACUAAAUCAACAUUAAAAAAAAAAAAGAAAGUUUAAAAAUAUACCUAGCGAUUAUAUUGGAAAAGAGUUUUAUACUAAAAAUUUUUUUUUUAAUUGUAAAUAUAUAUAUAACACGAAAAUGUAUGGAAAUUUAUUCUAUAAUCCACCAAUCUUUUCGGGCGGUAGAAAUGAGAGAAUAGAUAUAUUUUUAAAAUCAUUCAAUAGGGCUUCGGAAAUCAAUGGUUGGUCAGAAAACGAUAAAUCGCUUUAUUUAGUAGCUUUUUUGCAAGAUGCAGCUCUUACUUUUUAUGAUAAUAUUGAAUCAGAAAAUUUGUCAUGGAUAGAAUUAGAGAAAAAAUUUAUGAAAGAAUUUGAAACACAUAGUUUUAUUUUACGUUCAAUGUUAGAACAUAAAAGACAGAAAGAUGAUGAGCGAACAGUAGUUUUUGUUAAUGAUGUUAUAGAUUAAUGUAGAAGAAUUGAUAAUAAUAUGUUAGAAGAAGAAAUAUUACGAAAUGUGAUGAAAGGCUUAAAACCAUGUAUUAUUAGAUCUAUUGGGAUGCUUGAGAAUCGUAAUUUAGAUGAGUUAAAAGGGAAUAUUCGAAAAUACGAAAUGAUAGAAUUUAUGAUUGCUGAAGAGACAAUUAGUAGUCAACCUAAAAUAAAAGAGCCUGUAAUAAAUAAAAAAAUUAAUAAUAUUUCCGAAAGUAAUAAUUUCUAUGAAUUUCAAAAAUCAACUAAUGAAAUUGGAACUUUGAAACAAAGUCAGGUGCAAUUUUUUAAUGACAACAUUAAUUUAAUACCAUACAAUAACCAAUUUAAAAAUCAUGAUGUAUCAAACAAUAAAGAAGAAAUUUGUCGUAUUUGUAAUGUAAGUGAUCAUUCAGCUCUUAUGUGCAAAGUAAUUCCAAAACCCAUUAAUUUAAAGUUAAACAAAAAUUCUGAAAAAAACAAUUCAUCAUUGUAUUCAGCAAACAAAUAUAAUAAUUAUGUCUUAAAAAGUAAAAAUAUCUCUGACACAUUAAAAUUCUAUGCUACAUUGUAUGAUAAAAUUAUACCAAUUACAAUUGACACGGAAUCAAAGAUUUCUUGUAUAAAUUACACUUUAAUAUUGAAAAAUCAAAAGGUUAAUUCCAUAAGCUUCAAAGUAGAAAACCCAGAGAACACAUCACCAACAAUUUUAGGUGAAACAACAAUUAUUUUACAAAUAAAUUCUGUAUAUUAUCACAUUAAGGCUUUUGUUGUUAACAACUUGCCUUGUUCUAUACUUUUAGGUCAAGACUUUUUAUUAAAAAAUAAUAGUGUCAUUGCUUCUAAUAAAAAAAUCAUAACUUUACAUAAUAAAACUUCAAUACCAGUAUUUAUUGAUAAUACUUUAAAUUAUGAUCAAUUAAAUAUAGAAUUUUAUGAUAAAAAUAUCACCAAAAAUGAUGUGUCAUUUAUUAAUUAUUAUAAAAAUAGAAAAAAAUUCGAUUGUUUAAUUUUAAAUGUAAUAAUAGUCAAAAUUACAGACAAAAAUUCUAAUAUAGGAUCAAAGAGCAUGUCAUCUCAUUUCAUAAACACUGAACCCAAAAAAGUUCCUAAAAUGUUAAUACAAUACAAUAAUUCACAAUUAAAAGAUGUCUUUAAAAUUAAAGCUNCAAUAAUUCACAAUUAA